AUGUUUCGCCUCUUACUACUUGUUCUGCUUUGCCAAAUUUAUGAGUCUUCUUCCGAUGACUCCUCGCAUUGGCCACAUAUACAAAAAGUUGAGGUCACAAUUAUAGGAAAUUACUAUAUGCCCGAAGAAGAAGUCAAGGAGCAUAUCUAUAACUACGGUCAACGCCAUGGCCUUUCAGAUGAGGAAAUGCAGGUUCACCUUGUCGAAAAAUGCGGUAACGAUAGUUUAUCUCCAAAAAGAUUUGAAGUUCACGUCACGCAGUGCAACGACUUUCGAAAGUAUUUGCUCCACGCUGGACGUUUCAUGCACGACUUGAAAAUGAUCCAUGUGAAAUGCGACCAUGCGCAUUAUGCUCACUGCUUGAAAUCCAUCUGCAAAGAAACGGACUACGUCGACCUGGUCAAGUGUGCUUACAAUAACAUGAUAUGA